GAAUGGAAACAAGAAGAAAAGAAAGAAAAGAAGGUCAAGAAAAAGGAAGAACGUUUAAAGAGAAAGGAACAUGAAAGGGAAGAGAAGGAGGUAAAACUAUUUCAAUGAUUAAUGAUGCAUAGCUGAUUACAUCUAGGUACAUGUGCAUCUGUUUUCUCUGCUGUUAACCCUUUAACUCCCAGAUCAAAUUUGUAAUUCUCCUUACUGUCAACCAUACAAUUAUUAUAAUGUUAGUUCAGAGAAUUAAGUAUUGAAUCAACUAAUUAUCUCCUAAUUGAUAUUUUUCGUUAUUCUCAUCACUUAUCUGGUUGAUAUUGUAUUGAUAUUGUAAGGAGAAAUUCUGUCUUGGUCACUCAUUGGAGUUAAGGGGUUAAAACAAGAUGAGAGGAGGAAUUGUAUUUUCUUUUGCCUGCCUUCUCUGAUUUCUCUGGUUUUUGUGCACAUCAGUAUGCAUACUACAGCUUCUACAAAGUUUGAUUUCUCUAGAACAAGUUCUUUUGGCCUUUUGCUGAUGGACAUUUACACACAGUACCCUCGUGUAUUGUUUGUGAUAUGUGUUUUUGACUAAAAUAUGUGGUGUCUAAAAGGUAGGAACAGACACAACAGCCAGCUGUAGCACUAUGUCUUGGUAACUGUAACCUCUCUGUGCAGCUUGGCCAAUUCAGUGAUAAUAACAAAGUCAAGCCUGUUUAAAUUUGUGCAACAUAUCAUAGUUGCUAAGUUGGCGACAAGGACAUGUACAGAUAUUCACAACAAUAAUCCAUGUCUUGAAACCACUGCAGCCUCUAAUCACUUGAUAGACUGUGAACAAACUCUAUUUGACUCAACAUAGCAACAAUUUUGGCAUGGAACUGCAUAGUGUUUCAAAAAAAGCUCAAUUUUUAAAAUCCAAAUAGUUUAAAUUUGGAGUUUUCUGCAAAAUCUGUAGUUGUUUCUUGUCUUUUUUGUUGAAACACCAUUUUUAAAGGGAAUGUUGACCAUGCAAGUGACAACAAGAGAACACAUCAUUUUUUUCCUUUUUCGUUUCUUUUCUUUUUUUUUUAUUUCAUCUGUCAACUCUGAGAGUUUCUUAAAAACAAGUGUUUAGUGCUUCACUUUAUUUACCAGAAAGAAGAACAAAAACUGAAGAUUUAUAAAGAACAGGGACAAAGAGAGAUGAAAGAGAAUCUCAAGCAAGGAGAUAAGGUUAGCAGAAGUUAGUCAAAUUGCUAAUGUUAUGUGGUGUGGAGAUGGUUUUCGAAGAGGCUUAGUGACUUCCAACAUUUCGUCUGGUUUCCCUAACAAUUAGUCGGCACUAAUUGAUGCAAAAAUCAAACCAGAGCCUUGUGCGUGAGUCCAGUGCAGGUGCCAGUAGGUUACUGCGUGUUUGAAAGCAAACAAGCCAACAGCAGGAGAGCUUCCUUGUGCCAUCAUGUUUGAUGGUUUUGUUAGUCAGCCUCUUGUGGAAAAAAAAGUCAACAUGCCCUUACUAAAAUUGGCUGGCCAAGAGAGUUCAUUCCUUAGUAUGUCAGAGUUGUCUUGUAGUUUGCUUGCAUCAUGUGAUCAAGUGUUAAAGCGGGAAAACGUGCUAACGACGAAUCUUUUGAUUGGUUGAGCGGAAUGUGUUUCCUAACGUACGUAAAUUCUGAUUGGGUGAUGAUACACUACACUACACAGAAGGGCUGUUUUUGCUUAUAUCUUGAAUUUAUCUUCUCCUCCUACACAGAACACGCAUCCACCUCUCCAAAGAGUAGAUUCUGGAAAGACGAGAAUUAGCAUUGUAAAGCCUGUAAGGAAGCUUGAAUCCUCAACUAUUCCUAAAUCACCUCCGAAAGUACCUGCUUCCCCAGUAUUGGCUACACAUGCGCAGUUCCUCUCAAGAAAGCGUUCGCAAUCCGAAGGAAGUGAAGGCGAACCUUCUACUCCACCCCCGUCAGUAUGGAAAGUACCGGAAUACGUCGAGCCCAAGUGGAACCCUGGGAAACCUGAAUCAAAAACGGACGUUAUGAACGGCCUUUAA